CCACACCGAUGGAGGGUUCUACAGAGCAACAGUCUCGCUGGAUGUCCCUUCCAGCCUUGCUCCCUCCUGAAGCCAUGUUUAACUUUACUACAGAGAUCACCUCUCUAGACUCGCUCCAUCCAGACUCUGCUAAGGCCAGUCCAGACUCGCUCCAGUAUCACUGGGCUAAGGCCAGUCCAGACUCUGCUAAGGCCAGUCUAGACUCUGUUCAGUACCACUGGGCUACGGCCAGUCCAGACCCGCUCCAGUAUCACUGGGCUAAGGCCAGUCCAGACUCUGUUCAGUACCACUGGGCUACGGCCAGUCCAGACUCACUCCAGUAUCACUGGGCUACGGCCAGUCCAGACUCUGCUAAGGCCAGUCCAGACUCGCUCCAGUAUCACUGGGCUAAGGCCAGUCCAGACUCUGCUAAGGCCAGUCCAGACUCUGUUCAGUACCACUGGGCUACGGCCAGUCCAGACCCGCUCCAGUAUCACUGGGCUAAGGCCAGUCCAGACUCUGUUCAGUAUCACUGGGCUAAGGCUAGUCCAGACUCUGCUAAGGCCAGUCCAGACUCUGUUCAGUACCACUGGGCUACGGCCAGUCCAGACUUGCUCCAGUAUCACUGGGCUAAGGCCAGUCCAGCCUCUGCUAAGGCCAGUCCAGACUCGCUCCAGUACCACAGGCUUGAGGCCAGUCCAGACUCUGUUCAGUACCACUGGGCUACGGCCAGUCCAGACUCGCUCCAGUAUCACUGGGCUAAGGCCAGUCCAGACUCUGCUAAGGCCAGUCCAGACUCGCUCCAGUAUCACUGGGCUACGGCCAGUCCAGACUCGCUCCAGUAUCACUGGGCUAAGGCCAGUCCAGACUCUGCUAAGGCCAGUCCAGACUCUGUCCAGUAUCACAGGGCUACGGCCAGUCCAGACUCGCUCCAGUAUCACUGGGCUAAGGCCAGUCCAGACUCUGCUAAGGCCAGUACAGACUCGCUCCAGUACCACAGGAUUAAGCCCAGUCCAGACUCUGCUAAGGCCAGUCCAGACUCUGCUAAGGCCAGUCCAGUCUCGCCCCAGUCUCACUGGGCUAAGGCCAGUCCAGACUCUGCUAAGGCCAGUCCAGACUCGCUCCAGUACCACAGGGCUACGGCCAGUCCAGACUCGCUCCAGUAUCACUGGGCUAAGGCCAGUCCAGACUCGCUCCAGUACCACAGAAUUAAGCCCAGUCCAGACUCUGCUAAGGCCAGUCCAGACUCUGCUAAGGCCAGUCCAGACUCUGCUAAGGCCAGUCUAGUCUCGCCCCAGUAUCACUGGGCUGAGGCCAGUCCAGCCUCUGCUAAGGCCAGUCCAGACUCUGCUAAGGCCAGUCCAGACUCUGCUAAGGCCAGUCUAGUCUCGCCCCAGUAUCACUGGGCUGAGGCCAGUCCAGCCUCUGCUAAGGCCAGUCCAGACUCUGCUAAGGCCAGUCUAGUCUCGCCCCAGUAUCACUGGGCUGAGGCCAGUCCAGCCUCUGCUAAGGCCAGUCCAGACUCGCUCCAGUACCACAGGAUUAAGGCCAGUCCAGACUCUGCUAAGGCCAGUCCAGACUCGCUCCAGUACCACAGGAUUAAGGCCAGUCCAGACUCUGCUAAGGCCAGUCCAGACUCUGCUAAGGCCAGUCCAGACUCGCUCCAGUACCACAGGGCUACGGCCAGUCCAGACUCGCUCCAGUACCACAGGAUUAAGGCCAGUCCAGACUCUGCUAAGGCCAGUCCAGCCUCUGCUACGGCCAGUCUAGCCACAGACUUCCUGCACCAGCCGUACCACUCAGCUGAGUCUGACUUGGCCAGCCUUCCUUCCUGCAUCUCCAGCAGCAGCCAUAGUCGGUCUGCACCAUCGUACGGACACAGCCCAGUUCACCAGGUGUACUCUUCAUCCUCCCACGUCAACGGUAGUGUCCAGUGGUUGGAGCAAGGGGGUUCUGGAGGUCAGUCUCUCAGCUGCUCCUCGUCCUCCUGGUACAACAGCCCUUUCUCCACCACCACCUCCUCCUCCUUCUCCUCGUCUCUGACCAACCCCAGGGCCGAGCACUACUCCCGAGGGCACGGCAGUCAGGAAAUCCAGAGGCUUCAGGAGGCCUUGAAGGGGGAGAGGCUGAGUCCCAGUGAGGACGGAGGUAGCACUAGUUUCCUGACUCUGAACCCUGCACAAGGGGAUGGGUACCCGCACUCUGCCCAGGCCUACGGUCACCCCUUGGGCUUCUACAGCAACUCCUGGGUGUCAGGUCAGGACUACAGCUCAGCCUCUCUCUCCUCCUCCCCUGGUGCUGGCAUGUAUCCCUCCUACUGCUACUCCCCCAAACUACAAAACAAAAUCAACCUCUCCCCUCCAGAUGCCCGUGAGUGUGUGAACUGUGGUGGGACCGCCACCCCUCUGUGGCGUCGUGACGGGACAGGACACUACCUCUGUAACGCCUGUGACCACAAGAUGAACAGCCAGAACAGACCUCUCACCAGACCCAAGAAGAGGCUGAUGGUCAGUAAGAGUGCAGGGACCCAUUGCUCCAACUGUCAGACUAGCACCACCACGCUGUGGAGACGUAAUGCCAGUGGAAGGACAGUCUGUAACGCGUGUGGACUCUACUACAAACUACACAACAUCAACAGACCUCUGACCAUGAAGAAGGAAGGUACUCAGACACGGAAACGUAAGGCCUCCAUUAUGAACAACAGGGCCAAGCAGAAGACAGGUGUGUUAAGAGGCUGAGCUGGGUCUCUAAUCUGACCUCUCCCUGUCCAGACUCCAGUCCUCUGACAUGCCCGACCACACACACUGAGGACUACUACACACACUGAGGACUACUACACACACUGAGGGAGGACUAUUACACACUGAGGACUACUACACACACUGAGGGAGGACUAUUACACACUGAGGACUAUUACACACUGAGGACUACUACACACUGAGGAUUACUACACACUGAGGAUUACUACACACUGAGGGAGGACUAUUACACACUGAGGACUACUACACACACUGAGGGAGGACUAUUACACACUGAGGACUAUUACACACUGAGGACUACUACACACUGAGGAUUACUACACACUGAGGACUAUUACACACUGAGGAUUACUACACACUGAGGACUAUUACACACUGAGGACUAUUACACACUGAGGACUACUACACACUGAGGACUACUACACACACUGAGGACUACUAUAUACACUGAGGACUACUACACACACUGAGGACUACUACACACACUGAGGACUACUAUAUACACUGAGGACUACUACACACACUGAGGACUACUACACACUGAGGGAGGACUAUUACACACUGAGGACUACUACACACUGAGGACUACUACACACUGAGGACUACUACACACUGAGGACUACUACACACUGAGGACUACUACACACUGAGGACUAUUACACACACUGAGGACUACUACACACUGAGGACUACUACACACUGAGGAUUACUACACACUGAGGACUACUACACACUGAGGACUACUACACACUGAGGACUAUU